ACUUUUGUUAGUUCAUUUAGUUGGUGGAGCAAAGCAAGCGUGGAACAAAGCCAAAGGAAAACUUCUGGUCAGAGAAACAUGUUGUUAUUGCAGAGUUGGGGCUGUCCAUAUGCUACUUCUUUAAGGCUAUGCAACACACAUAAUACAUCAAUUUACAACAACCCAACAACCAAAAUCUUAGCAUUUCCUUGUCUUGGAAAACAUGGUAGAUGUUUUUCUUCAUCUUCUUUCAACUAUAAACCUUUGCCUAAGUUGUUGUGUCUUCAUGGGAUUGGAAUAGAAGACAUUACUGAUGUCAUCCAUAACAAGGUUUUGGUCGCAGCAGCUAUAUCUGCAGCGGUUGGUCAGCUAAUGAAGCCUUUUACUUCAAGUCUAUUUUAUGGCAAUGAGUUCAAUUUCAAGACUGCCUUACAGGCUGGGGGUUUCCCUUCCACACACUCAUCUGCAGUAAUCGCCACAGCCACGGCCCUUGGCUUGGAAAGGGGUUUUUCAGAUUCGAUUUUUGGUUUAGCAGUGGUUUACGCUGGCCUUGUGAUGUAUGAUGCACAGGGAGUUCGAAGGGAAGUAGGAAUUCAUGCAAAAGCAUUCAAUAAAGCUUUUUUGAGAAAUAAAAUAAACUCAGUACAAUCUACUAAUGAACUUGAUAUUUUGUCGGAUUCUAUACAAAAGAAAUUAUCCUCAGAUGCAGAGAGGGCCGAUCCUCAAUUAUCAGACAACUCAAGUCCUUUUCAACCAAGCUUGAAGAAUGCUACUCUAUUGCUUAAACCCGAUGAGAAAAAAGUCUCAUCGUCUAGUUUUGCUCCGUUGAAAGAACAGGUCGGUCAUACAGAGGUUGAAGUCAUAGCUGGUGCAUUGUUGGGAUUCUUUGUAAGUUUGGCGGUAAGUUUAGCGUCACCCCUUAGUUCUUAGAGCUUACUUCACAUUAUUUUUUUUGGCCAACGAGAUACCACAGAAAAUCUGUAUACGACGUAUUUACAAUGUAAAGUGCAACUAAAAUCCUUCUAUAAAUUGAAAUAUCGAGAAAAUUUCACUUC